GCCCCCGCCCCCGCCGCCAUGUUGUGGGGCUGACGCCGCCGCCGGCGCGGGAGGGAGCCAGUGCGGAGCAGGCGCUCGCGCAACAGAUGGCUAAGAGCUAGCAAGGCAUAUCCCGGACCAUGAUGGCUCAUUUUCCCACAGCCAUGAACGGAGGUCCAAACAUAUGGGCCAUCACCACGGAAGAGCGGGCAAAGCAUGACAAGCAGUUUGAUAGCCUUAAACCCGCAGGAGGCUACAUAACAGGUGAUCAAGCACGUACCUUUUUUUUACAGUCAGGUCUACCAGCUUCAGUCCUUGCUGAAAUAUGGGCACUAUCAGACCUGAACAAAGAUGGAAAAAUGGAUCAACAGGAGUUUUCUAUAGCCAUGAAACUCAUCAAGCUGAAACUACAAGGACAGCACUUGCCGAUGGUUCUCCCCCCUGUCAUGAAACAAACUCCAGUAUUUUCACCAUUAAUGUCUGCUCGCUUUGGAAUGGGUAGUAUGCCAAAUCUGUCCAUGCCAACAUCUAUGUCUACGAUCACACCGUUAGCGCCCAUGUCCUCUCUGACCUCAGUGACUUCCAUUCCUCCGCUGGUUAUCUCUGCUCCCCUGGUGCCUUCUGUCAGUACCUCUUCUUUGCCAAAUGGAACAUCCAGCCUCCUUCAGCCUUUGUCCAUACCUUUCUCCUCAACACUGCCCCAUACUGGUUCUUAUGCUCCCAUGACAGGAGGGAUUGGUGGUGCUAAUAUACAGAAGGCACAGUCACUAAUUGAUUUAGGAUCUAGCAGUUCAAAUUCUUCCUCUAGUGCUUCACUAACUGGGAAUUCACCAAAGAUUGUAUCCUCAGACUGGGCAGUCCCUCAGGCCUCCAGAUUAAAAUAUAGGCAGAAAUUUAACAGUCUUGAUAAAAGUAUGAGUGGAUAUUUAUCAGGAUUUCAAGCAAGGAAUGCCCUUCUGCAAUCAAACCUUUCGCAGACUCAGUUGGCUACUAUUUGGUCGCUGGCUGAUAUUGAUGGAGAUGGACAGCUGAAAGCUGAUGAGUUUGUGUUAGCUAUGCAUCUAACUGAUAUGGCCAAAGCUGGACAGCCUCUGCCACUAACUUUGCCUCUUGAACUGGUGCCACCUUCUUUCAGAAGUGGAAAAUACACUGAAAAUAUAAAUGGAACUCUGCCAUCUUACCAGCCUGUGCAAGAGGAAGAGCCACAGAAAAAACAGCCAGUGACAUUUGAAGACAAAAGGAAAGCAAACUAUGAGAGGGGAAAUAUGGAGCUGGAAAAACGCCGUCAGGUCCUGUUGGAGCAGCAGCAGAGAGAAGCAGAACGCAAGGCUCAGAAAGAAAGAGAAGAACAGGAGCGAAGAGAGCGGGAACGACAGGAGCAGGAACGGAAAAAACAGCUUGAAAUGGAAAGGCAGCUGGAGAGACAGCGAGAGCUGGAAAGACAAAGGGAAGAAGAAAGGAGGAAAGAAAUAGAAAGGCGGGAGGCAGCUAAGCAAGAACUUGAGCGCCAGCGACGACUGGAAUGGGAGAGAAUUCGUCGCCAAGACCUUCUUAAUCAGCGUAACAGGGAACAAGAAGAAGUCAUCAAGUUGACCUCUAAGAAGAAGAGCCUUAAUCUUGAGUUAGAAGCCCUAACGGACAAACGUCAUCAGAUUUCAGAAAGGUUGCAAGAUAUUCGAAGCAAAAAGCAAAUUCGGAAAACUGAGCUGGAAGCUUUAGAUAAGAAAUAUGACCAAGGAAUUAUGGAAGUCAAGCAACUACAACAGCAGCUUCAGGAGUAUCAGAAUAAACUAAUCCAUUUAGUUCCUGAAAAGAAAUUGUUAAGUGAAAGAAUUAAAAACAUUCAGCUUGACAACACUCAGAGUACAGGGAUCAGUUCAGUGCACAAGAAGUCCUUAGAAAAGGAAGAAUUAUGCCAAAGACUUAAGGAGCAACUAGAUGCCCUUGAAAAAGAAACUGCUUCUAAACUCUCUGAAAUGGAUGCAUUUAACAGUCAGCUUAAGGACCUGAGAGAAAGUUAUAACACGCAGCAAUUAGCCUUGGAGCAGCUCCACAGGAUCAAACAGGAUAAAGUAAGAGAGGUAGAAAAAAGAAGAGCUGAACUUGCACAGAAAAAGCGACUGGAAGAUGAGGCUGCAAGGAAAGCAAAACGGGAGAAAGAGAACCGAUGGCAGGAAAAUAUCCGAAAGGAAGAAGAGGAGAAAAAAAGGCGAUUAGAGGAAGAACGAAUGCAGGAGAAAAUCCAAGAAAAACAGAAGGCUGAAGAAGCAAUUGCUGUGAUCAGAGAAAGGGAAAAUCAACAACAGCUUCAUGAAGAGGACAGCAAAAACAAGCAAGCUGAGAUUCUGAGAGAAACAGAACAACAAAGGCAGAGGCAACUGGAAGAAGAUAAAAGGAAGCAAGAACAACUUGCAAAAGAAGCUGAGGAGAGACGUAAGCAGAAUGAAGAACUAAAGAAAAGAAAAGAAGUGACCGGCUCUCAAGAGACAGAGAAACGCACUUCUAAAUUAAACAUAAAUGAGAAAUUUGCAGAUCUGCUGAAACCAACAGAGAGUAAAGUUUUUAAGCCACCAUGGAAAAAUGAAGGCAGUGCAGUUAGUGCCUCAGAAUCUAGGAAUUCAGUUGCCUUGGUAGAUUACAGAGCUUUAUAUCCGUUUGAAGCAAGGAAUCAUGAUGAGAUGAGCUUUAAUACUGGGGAUGUAAUUCAGGUUGAUGAAAAAACUGUGGGAGAGCCUGGUUGGCUAUAUGGGAGUUUUCAAGGACAUUUUGGCUGGUUUCCAUGCAAUUAUGUAGAAAAAAUACCAGAAGGAGAAAAGUCUUUAUCUCCUAAGAAGGCCUUACUUCCUCCUACAGUAUCUUUAUCUCCUACCUCAGCUGCUUCAGAACCACUUUCACCAAGUAAAUCAGUAGAAGAAUCUGAUUACCAAAACACACCUUUUUCAAGCCUGAAUGUUAGUGCAGCAUGGCAGCAAAAAUCAGCUUUUACUCGCACUGUGUCCCCUGGAUCUGUUUCACCAGUUCAUGGACAGGGACAACCUGUAGAGAACUUAAAAGCACAAGCACUUUGCUCUUGGACUGCAAAAAAAGAUAACCACUUGAAUUUUUCAAAAAAUGAUAUCAUUACUGUGCUGGAGCAGCAGGAAAACUGGUGGUUUGGAGAAGUACAUGGAGGGAGGGGCUGGUUUCCAAAAUCUUACGUCAAGCUCUUACCUGGGAGUGAAGUCAAGAAAGAGGAACCAGAAGCUAUUUAUGCUGCUAUAAACAAGAAGCCUAAUGCACAGUCUUACACAGCUGGAGAGGAGUACGUUGCUCUCUAUUCAUAUUCGAGCUCUGAACCUGGUGACUUGACUUUCGUGGAAGGUGAGGAAAUACUAGUGACUCAGAAAGAAGGGGAGUGGUGGACAGGGAGCAUUGACAACAGAACUGGAAUCUUUCCCUCCAAUUACGUCAGACCAAAGGAUCAAGAGGGGUCUAGUAAUGCUGGCAAAACUGGAACAGUAAAUAAGAAACCUGAAAUUGCUCAAGUUACUACUGCUUAUGCUGCGUCAGGAACUGAACAGCUUAGUCUGGCUCCAGGCCAGCUAAUACUCAUUCUGAAGAAAAAUGUGAGUGGAUGGUGGCAAGGAGAGUUGCAGGCGAGAGGUAAAAAGAGACAGAAGGGAUGGUUUCCUGCCAGCCAUGUGAAAUUAUUGGGUCCAAGCAGUGAAAAAACAUCUGCUGCUCCCUCAGUCUGUCAAGUCAUAGCAAUGUAUGAUUACAUGGCAAACAAUGAAGAUGAGCUCAGUUUCUCAAAAGGGCAGCUUAUUAAUGUGCUGAGCAAAGAUGAUGCUGAUUGGUGGCAAGGAGAAAUCAAUGGUGUGACAGGUCUCUUUCCUUCAAACUACGUAAAGAUGACUACAGAGUCUGACCCAAGUCAGCAGUGACCCAAUGUUGUCUUCCAGUGUGAAAGCACCUCAGAGACCCACUAUCCAAGUUUGACUGUAGCGUGGAGGUGGCAGGGUGGCCAGCUCUGCUCAAAUAUCUCUGACACAAUCCUUUUUCUUCGUUUGAAUGUUAGAUCCAGUCAAGAAAUUAGGAGCGUUUGGGGGUUUUCUUACAGUCUACAGUUGCAAAUAAUUUGUAAAAGCAGAAAGGAUAGUGGGUCUUUGUGUGGCUUUCACUGCUGUCCGUUCUUGUUCCCUCUAGUAUUUUUCUUUCUUAUUGAUAAGCCUGGAUCAUUAGCAUGCCUAUCAAAUUAUCGUUUGCAUGGUGGGAUUGCAGACACACAAAGACCCACUAUUUGCACAGUUUAUCUGAACUGUUUUGAAUGGGUAGUUGUGUUCUUCUAAUGUUGUAAUGUUCAUACUUUGCAAAUUAAAAUGUUCACUGAUUAUUGCUCUAUUGGACUUAAUUUAAUCUUCUACUUGUUGAGCUUUUAAAAUUGGCAGCCUGUGAGGUUCAUCCAGAAGAUAAACCCUACUUUGUCUAUGCUGCUGACAGUCACUGUGAUUACAAAUAUGCCACAAGAUCUAAGAUUUAGAUCUGAUACAGUCCAGCCUUUAAAUACCCCUUUUAAUGAGGAAAGGAAUAUUCAGAGUAGAAUAGAGGAUGUUUCAAUUUCUUUCUUCCUUUACAGUAGUACUAUAGAAGGAUUUCAGGUUGUUUUGGAUCAGUAUAUCCUAUUUCUAAACAACCUUCCUUCAAAUUAUUUUUUUAUUUGAAUAAUUCAUAUUUUGCUUUCAAUUUUGGCAUACAGUGAACAUACUAGUUACUGUACAGUCUCUGUGCUACUAGACCCUCACCCUGCCCCUUUCUGUGCUGAACGGUUACAGUCCUGAAUGGUGCUUUUAUCUGGCUGUGGUCUGCAGUCCCUCAGAGCAACCAGUAUCUGAAAGCUGCUGCUGCUCUUUCUGUUAAACAAAUUAGCAGCUUAAUAUAUAGGUAACCUUCAUAAAGGGAAAUUAUCAGGAAAAAAAAAAAAAAAAAAAAAAAAAACACUAACACCUGGAGCUAAAGGCAAAGAAUUUGGGUUGAACAGUGGACCUAUACUCUCAUCUCAAAAUGAGGUACAGUUAUGUCAUGUUAGAAAUACAGUGCAGUUAAAGGUGCCCAAAUUUAACAGUACAUGAAGGAGGGAACAGGGCUUCAGGAUUAUGUCCUGAUACCCCUUUAAAUGAAAGGAUUAGUUUAAUAGCAGACCGUCUGUCUGGUAAAACAGUUCUUUAAUUCUGUAACAAAAGGAGAGUUCUAGUAGACAAAAUAUUUAAUUUAGUUGGCUUCCUGAGUUUGGCAAUGAAACAACAAAGGUGGCUUAUGCAAUCAGAAAUGUUUACAAACUACUAUACGUUUACUAUAUACAUAUAUGUAUAUAUAUAUAUUUAUAUAUAAAUAUUGUGACGGUACUAUUGGGAAAAUGUUAAUCCAAUUGCAGAGAUUUAAAAGCCUUUCUCCAAAAGUUCUAUAGAAAGAAUGGAAUGUAUGUAUUUAGUAUACUUUAUCAGAUAAUGUGUAUGUGCCCUAUAGUUCAGAGAUGUAUCUUUUGUGCAAUACAGAUUACAGCAAUGUGCCUACAUAAAACUACAAAUGGAUUUUUAUUCUGGAUGUAUUUUGUCUAAAUCAGUAUUUUGUUAUCGAAUGAAACAAUGUUAUUGUAGGCAAAUAAUGUGCUAGAUAAUUUCUCAAGUAGCAGUGGUCCAGCUAACUUAAUUUUCUUUUCCUUCUGAAACUACAUUUUUAAGUAUUUUUACUAAAAUAUGCUAAUCACCCUAAAUUGCCUUCUUUGAAGCACUUUGAAAGCCUGUAUAAUACAGGCUAAAGGUGUGUUAUACUACCCAAGUGGCAUCAAGCAGUCACUCACUGUAGUCAUAUAAUUAGAUGAUAUUAUGAUGAAUUUUUCCCAUUUCUGAAAGACACUGUUAACCUAUGGGAUUUGAGCCAAACUGACUUCCUAAUGUUCAGUGACAGUUUUCCUUCAAUGCCAAAUUGCUACAAAUUAUCUUUGAAAAAUGAAAAACAACUUCACGCCCUGUCUGAGAUGUUCUAGGAAAUAGUUUUAUGGCUUUUUACUAAAGGCACUGAUGUUUUACCCAUUUCUUUAAUGCUACAGUUGAAAACUAGGGACAAUAUCCUGUACAGUUUCACACAAGUAGCCCUAUAAUUGGGUAUGUGGAUAUGAACAAUAAUAAGUAUUAAAACAGCUGCCUUCAAUUUGAACUAAUGAGCAUUGGAACUAAGUGUUUUGAGCUUUCACAGUUUUUUAGUGUUUCAGUAUUACCUGAGUACCCUCUAAAUUCCCUAACUGUAAAAACAAUCAUGAUGAUAAUCUGUUUUAAUAACACUGAUAGAAAGAGACAGAGUCUCUGCCUCCAGUAUUUUUCUCUACUGCAGGAGUCUGCCUAAUACACGGUUGAGCACAGACACCAGAGCGCUCUGUGCUUCUGUCGCGCAUCAGUACAGAAAAAAUUGUAUACAUAUGUAAGACUAUCAAUAGGAAAGGCUAUGCUGCGAUGUGUUUAAGACAAGAUUUAAAGUAUCAGUGAAGAGGUGUAGCUAGUAGAAGUUGAGUUUAAAUCAGACUCUUCUAUUUUAAAAAUAUUAAUUAGUGUUUAGUUGUGUACAAUCCCCCCUCGCACUGAUACAAGUUCGCAGAGUGAAGUUCAGCUGUCAUCACAGCCACUUAAGUAAAACUGGUGUUAAAACAUUCAUCACUUGCUAGGGUGAAGAUGGUUGGCUUUGAAACUGCUUUAAGGACAAAGUGAAAACUAGGGAGAUUAGUUAAACUGAUGGCCCCUCGUCAAAAGCUGAGUCUAAAUGAGCCACAAGAAGUUAGCAGUUGGUUAAAACUGAAGCCAGUCAGGCAAGCAAAGUAUGAUGUUGCCUGCGGCAUGUUACUUGCUUAAUACUGUUUCCUGUGGGCCACCAGUGAAUGGAGGCUGUUGUGUAAUUGGAGGUAAAAACAUAAGUGAUGCAGUAAAUGCACAAGAAUUGGUACUGGAAUGUUUCCUAAUUUUGCAAUUGUGUAGUUUGCUUAGUGGACUAACAGCCUGCAAAAGUUGAACUUUCAAAGUUGAGUUCCUGACCCAGCAGUUGGAUCCGUGCAGGAAAGUCCUGUGCCACCACCCAGACGCGGUCGCGGGGUUGGGGCACGUGAGUAGUUGUGCAGGUGCACCGGGCUGUCUCCACGUCAAGUGUGAACUCGAUAGCUAGGAGCACAAGAGGCAUAAAACUCCUUUAAAGUUAUAUGCUGAUCGUUGAAACGUCUCCUGCUGGUGAACGAGUAUUUAUUCCUUUGUCAGGUCAAAACCCCGUGUGAUGUUUUUGAGUCGGGUUGAAAACACCUGUAAAUAAGUCUGAUCAUAGGAACGCUGACAAACCUUGGCCUGUAGUGGUGGUGAAAGCUGCUACAGGAUAAUGCAACUUUAAUGUAAUGAACUAAUAAACUGCUACGUAAUGGUGUGUGCUGCCUUAAAAUAUCUUUUGUUGUUCUUUUCAAGCUAGAGUACGAAUGCUCGGGGAAAAUUGUUAAGACGUGCAAAUGCAGGCUAUGCUUAGCAUGAGGCAAUUGCUCAUCUUUGUUUUAAAUGAAGUUGUAAGAUAACUAUGCAAAUGUAUUUUAUUAAAGGGACACAUAAAAGGA